CAGAAUACUUGUCUUAGAGCCAGAGGCUUCCCCCCUGUCUGCCGGCUUCCUCACUUUACUCGUCACCACACCCACAUUUACCGACUUUUCUGUACACUGAUCCUGUACACUUUGUCUAGCCUAUGGAUAUUGCAAUGUCCACUUCGACAGCGGCCAGCAAGAUGGAUGGGAUUGAAACUAACACGACCACGGCAGGUGCGGCACCCGUGUCGGUGGCAGUGGGGACAUUGAUAAUUGAGGGAAAUGACCCCGCCAUUGCAGGCCCUGAGGAGACCGAGACCGGAGGCGGCGGGGACAGCGCUAUCGAUGAGGAUCUUACGGAUGAUACUCCACUUCGACGACUGCCGCCAAACGGCCGGGAUGCCGUGAAUUUUACUUGGUCUGAGCAAAGAUGUGUCGACUUGAUCCGUUUAUUUGGCCGAUGGUACGAGAAGCAUCACCAACUUUUGGCCACUAAGCCCAUGGCGGAGGUCAGGUACAUAUACGACCAAGCCUUUGACGAAAUACUCGAAGUCUAUCCGAGCCUUUGGGCUUGCAAAUUCAAAGCGCUGGGCCCAAAAUAUCAACGCCUUGUUGAGGAUUGGAUGUUGGUGUUUACAGGUGUACCUCCUGCUCAACAUUCCACUGAACAGGUUCGACACAUUGACAUCGCGCCGUUGCUUGACAACCAACAACCUGGUCGCCCCACCAAAGCGGUGGCCAAGCUGGCUUUCUUCUUGGUUCAAGGGGUCUGCGCCGAAUUCAAAGCCCGUGAGGUCGUGGCCGACAUGGAUCGUCUCCGCUUGCGCAAGAUUUGGGACACCAAUUGGCAAGCCGAGCAACUCCGCCAUGCUCAGGUCCUGGUCGAAGAAGAGGUGCGCCACAAACAGGUCACUCAUGAACUCAAGAUCAAUAUGGCCCAUAUCGAACGAGCUCAGAUGCGUGCGAUUGAGAGGGAAGUCGACAGCGCUCGCGAGUAUGAUGAGGCAGAGGAAGCAUUGGAACCCUUCUCCAGACGCACUGCCGCUUCUAAUCCCGGUCCGGCCCACCCAAAUUGA